UUCCCCCUUCCCCAGAACCCUUGAUCUUGAAGAUGGUGAGUAGCCAGCCUAAGUACGAUCUAAUACGGGAGGUUGGUCGUGGCAGUUAUGGUGUGGUGUACGAAGCAGUCGUCAGGAAGACCUCUGCACGGGUCGCGGUGAAAAAGAUUCGGUGCCAUGCUCCAGAGAACGUGGAACUAGCUCUGCGUGAGUUCUGGGCACUUAGCAGUAUCAAGAGCCAGCAUCCCAACGUCAUUCACCUGGAGGAGUGCAUCUUGCAGAAAGAUGGUAUGGUGCAGAAGAUGUCCCAUGGCUCCAGUUCCUCCCUGUAUUUACAGCUUGUAGAGACCUCGUUAAAAGGAGAAAUAGUCUUUGACCCCCGAAGUGCUUAUUACCUCUGGUUUGUGAUGGAUUUCUGCGAUGGAGGUGAUAUGAAUGAGUAUCUGUUGUCCCGAAAGCCGAACCGCAGGACCAACACCAGUUUCAUGCUUCAGCUCAGCAGCGCGCUGGCCUUCCUGCACAAAAACCAGAUCAUCCAUCGCGAUCUCAAACCCGACAACAUUCUGAUCUCUCGGAGCAGGGGGGAUGCCAGUGACUCGGAGCCUACCCUGAAAGUAGCCGAUUUUGGGCUGAGCAAGGUGUGCUCGGCCUCAGGACAGAACCCCGAGGAACCCGUCAACGUAAAUAAGUGUUUUCUAUCGACCGCCUGCGGGACUGACUUCUAUAUGGCCCCUGAAGUCUGGGAGGGACAUUACACUGCCAAAGCAGACAUCUUUGCCUUGGGGAUUAUAAUCUGGGCCAUGUUGGAAAGAAUCACGUUCAUAGACACAGAAACAAAGAAGGAACUUCUGGGGAGUUACGUCAAGCAGGGAACGGCGAUCGUGCCCGUCGGAGAGGCGCUUCUGGAAAACCCUAAGAUGGAACUGCUCAUCCCCGUGAAGAAAAAAUCCAUGAACGCUCGGAUGAAACAGCUGAUCAAGGAAAUGCUGGCUGCCAACCCGCAGGACCGACCCGACGCGUUUGAGCUAGAGCUGCGCUUGGUCAACAUAGCUUUUAAAGACAGCAGCUGGGACACGUGA